AUGCGCUUAUGCAACCUCGCCAAUUCCCUGCUGGGUCAAAUCCAGUGCGCCAAGCUCGACCGCAGCAACCGGAUGAUCGAACUGACCGGGCGCGAGCUCAGUGGUGUCGGAAGUAAGCCCACAAUUUCGCUAAGAAAUUGUGUUCGGAUCUGGAACAUCGAAGGACCUCCCCCAUUCAUUACGACGCCAAUGGAGGAGCUGAUCGAAAACUACAAACCAAAGGGGAGCAACAAUCUUUUCCAGAUGUUUGCGUGUUUUUACCGGUUUCUGGUAAUGAGAAUAACUGACCCACCGCAUCGCAUCCAAAGCUACUCUCUGCGCCUGAAUGGCAAGCGAGGACGCAAGGACUCUUUGGAAAAUUUACCACGCCACAUCGAACACCUAUUACUGGAUUUCGUCGAAGAUCUUAUUGGAUUCGGCCACAACGAGCUGAAAAGUGGGGCACGAGCCAAUACCACCCAUUCAAAAUAUGUGCUAAGCCUCGGCAAUACGGAUGCAGAACGGCAAGCGGCUCUGGAUGCGAAGGUGCAGACCAGGAUGGUGUACAGGAACGAACUGUUCAAAGCCCUUCAGCUAGCUCUUCGAGACGUGCGCACGUAUACCUAUGAUGAAAGCAAAAAGGUGUGGAUUGCGGGCGACAGGAAGUUGAAGCGGGCCAAGCUGGACGCCUCAAUAAACUUGAGGGAGGUGCUGGACGACUCUAUGAAUUUGACUGAAGCCUAUGAUCAAGAAAACCUGGUACCAGCGUCACAGUAA